UUUGCCCCCCCUUUCCGAGCGUCUCUUUUUUUUUUUAACCUCCUGAAGCAAUAGGAGGGGAGGGGAGGGCGCCUCAGAGACGAGCAUUAGGAGCCUUCUUUAGGGUGGGUGGGGGCUGAGGCUGAGGUUGUCCCCCCCCCUUUGCCUUGGUCCUCCUCCCUGCCAGCUCAGGAGGCCGGGGCUGCUCUCUAGAUGGGAGGAUAAGGCUGGGCGACCAUGUUCAGCUUCGAAGGGGAAUUCAAAACCAGGCCCAAGGUGUCCCUUGGAGGAGCCAGCCGGAAGGAGGAAAAGGCAUCUCUUUUGCAUCGGACUCAGGAGGAGAGACGGAAACGAGAGGAAGAAAGGAGAAGACUGAAAAAUGCAAUAAUCAUCCAGUCCUUUGUACGGGGGUACAGGGACAGAAAACACCAAUAUUCCAUUCAGAGGAGUGAGUUUGACCGCUAUGCUAAUUUAGCACAGUCUGGAGGAGGUUUCUCCACUGCCAAUGGAGCAAAUCUGACACUCUUAGUUCGCCAGCUUCUGUUUUUCUAUAGGCAUAAUGAGGAUUCCAAACGUUUGAUAUGGAUGUGUCAAAACUUGAUUAAACAACAUUCUCAGUUUGUGAAGCAACUUGAUGGCCCUGACAAGCUUACAUGCCUAUUUCAGAUAAAAAGACUGCUGGGUCUGUGUUGCAGAUUACUCCAAAGCUGCAAUGAUGACAGUCUGAAUGUUGCACUUCCUAUGAGGAUGCUUGAAGUAUUUUCGUCUGAGAAUACCUAUUUGCCUGUUAUACAAGAUGCUAACAAGGUAGCAUCAAUAAUUGAACAAAUCUUGCACUAUGUGAUUCAGAAAGGAUACUAUAGGUCUUUAUAUCUGCUAAUAAAUAACAAGCUUCCAUCAAGUAUUGAGUAUUGUGAUGUUUCUCGGGCUCCUAUUGCAAAAAUACUGUUAGAGAAUGUUCUGAAGCCAUUGCACUUUAACUAUAGCUCCUGCCCUGAAGAUGCCAGGCAACGGAUUUUUGCUGCUUUUACAGAAGAGUUCCUGGCAGCACCUUUUACAGACCAGAUAUUCCAUUUCAUCAUUCCAGCGCUUGCAGAUGUGCAAACCUGUUUCCCUUAUGAACUCUUUCUGAAUGCACUGUUAUUGACAGAAAACAAGCGUUUGAGGAAAAGUGAGAGAGCUCCUUGGCUUUUUUACUUCGUUUUAACAGUUGGUGAAACAUACUUAGGAUCCCUUUCAGAAGAAGGGCUACUCGUGUAUUUGCGGGUUCUCCAGAUGUUUCUUUCUCAGUUACCAGUAACUACAACAGGUACAGAUUGUCAAGAUUCAAAUAGUGACUCUGAAGAUGAAGAAAUUAGUAAGAUGACUUCAACGCCGGGAGAUGGAAGAAUAUCAGUGCAGUAUAUAACCGAGGAGUGUCUUUCAAAGCUGGAUACUAAACAGCAGACAAAUACUUUGCUAAACAUGGUUUGGAGAGACUCAGCGAGUGAAGAGGUCUUCACUUUGAUGGCUUCAAUUUGCCACACAUUAAUGGUGCAGCACCGGAUGAUGGUGCCAAAAGUCAGACUUUUGUACAGCUUAGCUUUUAAUGCCAGGUUCCUGAGGCAUCUUUGGUAUUUAAUAUCUUCAAUGACAACGCGAAUGAUUACUGGGUCUAUGGUGCCCCUUCUUCAGGUGAUAUCACGUGGCUCACCUAUGUCUUUAGAAGAUUCUAGUCGGAUCAUCCCUCUCUUUUACCUUUUUAGCUCUCUGUUUAGUCACUCGCUGAUUUCUAUACAUGAUAAUGAAUUCUUUGGUGAUCCUAUUGAAGUUGUAGGUCAAAGACAAUCAUCAAUGAUGCCUUUUCCAUUAGAUGAUUUGGUAAUAUUAUCACGCUGCCUUCGAGAUGCCUGUCUAGGAAUUAUUAAAUUGGCAUAUCCAGAAACCAAGCCAGAAGUUCGUGAAGAAUAUAUUGCAGCUUUUAGAAGUGUUGGAGUCACUACCAAUACAGAAAUGCAACAGUGUAUACAAACAGAACAAAAACGGUGGAUUCAGCUCUUUAAGGUGAUCACCAACUUAGUGAAAAUGUUGAAAGCCAGAGAUACAAGACGGAAUUUCUGCCCACCAAAUCAUUGGCUUUCAGAACAGGAAAACAUUAGAGCAGAUAAGGUUACACAACUUUAUGUGCCAUCAGCCAGGCAUGUAUGGAGAGUGAGAAGAAUGGGAAGAAUAGGGCCAUUGCAGUCUACAUUGGAUGUGGGCUUGGAUCCGGCACCUCUUUCUGUGUCAGAGGAACGACAACUUGCAAUAUUGACUGAGCUACCAUUUGUGGUUCCUUUUGAGGAAAGAGUAAAGAUAUUUCAAAGGCUGAUCUACGCUGAUAAACAGGAGGUUCAAGGAGAAGGUCCAUUUCUGGAUGGAAUAAAUGUCACUAUCAGAAGAAAUUACAUUUAUGAAGAUGCAUAUGACAAACUUUCCCCUGAAAAUGAACCUGAUUUGAAGAAGAGAAUUCGUGUUCAUUUACUUAAUGCUCAUGGUUUAGAUGAAGCUGGUAUUGAUGGAGGUGGAAUAUUCAGAGAAUUUUUGAAUGAACUACUAAAAUCAGGAUUUAAUCCUAACCAAGGAUUUUUUAAAACCACGAAUGAAGGACUGCUUUACCCUAACCCUGCGGCACAGAUGCUUGUAGGAGAUUCUUACGCAAGGCACUACUAUUUCCUUGGGAGGAUGCUGGGAAAGGCUUUAUAUGAAAACAUGCUUGUUGAGCUCCCAUUCGCCAGUUUUUUCCUUUCUAAGUUGCUGGGGACCAGCGCAGAUGUGGACAUUCAUCAUUUGGCUUCUCUAGAUCCUGAAAUGUACAAGAACCUGCUUUUUCUUAAGAGCUAUGAAGGGGACGUAGAAGAACUGGGGCUGAAUUUUACUGUGGUGAAUAAUGACUUAGGUGAGGCACAGGUGGUUGAACUGAAGCCUGGUGGAAAGGAUAUUCCUGUCACUAGCGCCAACCGAAUUGCCUACAUCCAUCUUGUGGCUGACUACAGGUUAAAUAAACAGAUCAGACAACACUGUCUCGCAUUUAGGCAGGGUCUUGCCAAUGUUGUUAAUCUUGAAUGGCUUAGAAUGUUUGAUCAGCAAGAAAUUCAGGUUUUGAUUUCUGGUGCACAGGUCCCUAUUAGUCUAGAUGAUCUCAAAACGUUCACAAACUAUUCAGGUGGCUAUUCUGCAGAUCAUCCCGUCAUCAAAAUCUUUUGGAGAGUUGUAGAAAGCUUCACUGAUGAUGAAAAACGUAAAUUACUCAAGUUUGUAACAAGCUGUUCACGACCUCCACUCUUGGGAUUUAAGGAAUUGUAUCCUGCGUUUUGCAUACAUAAUGGAGGUUCUGAUUUAGAGCGACUACCCACUGCCAGUACCUGCAUGAAUUUACUGAAACUUCCAGAGUUUUAUGAUGAGAAUCUUAUGCGGAGUAAGCUUCUUUAUGCCAUUGAAUGUGCUGCUGGAUUUGAGUUGAGUUGAAGUGAAUUUAAAUUUUAAUCAGAUGCUCUGUUGAAGAAUUAAUCAGUGCCUACUCCAUCUGCAGCACCCCUACAAAGCAGAUUAAAGGAAUUCCAUGUAGGUUUCUGCUACUCAUCAUACCCAUCAAGUACUCUUCAAUAAGUUUCAGUUUUGACACAAGAUGUUGGUUUGCUGUCAUUCAUUAGCAUUUAACUACAUUGACACUAUGUUCUUACUCAAAUGAAUGAAUGCUGUGUGCAGUUUCGUAGGCUUUUUGAGAAAGAGCAUAUUUGGCACAGUGACAUCCUAGUGAAAAUAACCAAAGAUAAAGCUUUGGCUUCAUGCUGUUGAAAUACAGUUAACUCCACAAGCUGGCAAUAAAGCAGCCUGCAAAGCAGCCCGUGGGGAAGUAACAGGGUGAUGGCCUUGGAGUGGGAAGCAAAUGAUUUGCAAGUAUCCUGAAAUGUCUGGGAACCUAAAGUUUGAUUGAGAAAAGUAGUUCAUGACUUUGCAAAUGGCAGCAAGUGUUUACAGAUCUUUCUGCAACUGGAUUUUAUUGAAACUUGGGGAGAUACAUUUUUAUCACAAUGGUAGUAAAUGGUCGGUGUUGCAAGAGAAAUUUAUGUCAUUUGUGUUUUCCUUUGGCUUUAAGAAAAGAAAAUCUAUUCAAUAAUCUGAAUGGGCACAUCUGUUCUUCAGAAAUGUAACCUUCCUCAUAAUCAUUUGGACAUUUUUACAAGUUACGUAACUAUUCAUAUUUUCUUUCUCUGUGCUGUUCAGUUUCCUUCUCUGUCUGUACACUAUUUUAAUGCAUCACACUUCUUUCACGUAUGAACACCUUACAAUACUUUGGAAAACAAAUGCUUGUAACAACUAUUAAAAUAAAUUUGAACCGAAGCAUUAGGCUUUAUUCUUUUAUACUUGGAAGCCUGCAGAUGUUCACAUGUCCUCUCCACCCUGGAAUAACUGCUUGUUAUUAAAACUGAUCUCUCUCUCAUUAUUUGUCAUGAACAGCCAACUUAUGAGUCCAUUUGCUCAGUUAGAAGGUCUGCUUCAGGAUGGGUGAAGAGCAUGUGUUACCUGACUGAUUGCCAAGUGAAAGAUUAAAUUUUGUAAGAAAAAUUUGGUGGUUCAAAAAUGGUCACAGCACUGGGUUAACAUUUGUCUUCACGUGCAAUUCUCACGAGAUUAUUUUUUAUAAUAUAAUUAGAACCAAAAUCAUAAAUGGGCAGAAUCACGUGCAUUGUUUAUUGUCAGUUGGAAGAGAACUUUGCAGCUGGAGCCCACUCCAUGGGUGGUCUCCUAGUGUGAGAACUAUUUUACUGCUGAAGAAGCUCCUGAAUUUCAUAUUUAAUUAGCAGUAAACAGCAAUAUAUUUUAAAUGUGCAAAACAGCUCUCAGUGGUUUUAAGAUGUUUACUAGUGUUAGUAAAAAAAUGUAUAAUUUCUUGAUUUGUAUAAGAAAUGAAGUGUUAAAAGUAUUAUUUGUAGUCUCCAUGUACAGAAAUAAAACAAUUGUUUUCUUUUUG